AGUCAGGCUCUGCAGAACAGCAGCAGCUGCAGCUUCAGCGCGCUGAGCCUCACUCCUCAGUCCUGCUGCGGCUUUUUUUCUACAGGAUACAAGUCCAGCAAGAUUUUUUUUUCUUUUAAAAGGAGAAAAAAAAAACUCGCAGAAAACAAAAUUAAAUUUGUUUUCUCUUGUGCUUCAGCGCUGCAAUGAAGGAAUUUACGGACUUGUCCUGAAGACUUGCAGAUCCCAGAAUAUGAGGUGUUGGCUGACUUUCUGCGUCGACUGAAAAUCAGGGGAAAUCGGAUUCUCGUCUAAGCAGGAGGAAGAAACAUUUUUACAUUAAAAAAAUAUAAGUCUGAACUUAGAAAAAUGGAUAAUACUCCGACUAAUUCAGAGAAAUCCCAUCUGAUAGACGAGAAGAGCGCGAAGAUGUAUUCCUUAAAAUUACAAAGUUCCUUUGCAGACUCCAAAGAGCACUACCAAGACUUCCCUUUAAAAAACGGAGGAAUGUCGGGUGCUACGGAGCUGAAGCGGCACGUUGGUGCACACUGCCAUUUACCCAAAACUCUGGUUGGUGAGGAAAGUGGUGACAAGCUGCUGGCCAAGAAGAAACUCUACAUCGCUUCUGCAGUCUGCCUCGUCUUCAUGAUCGGAGAGGUCAUCGGAGGCUACCUGGCUCACAGCCUGGCCAUCAUGACCGAUGCAGCCCACCUCCUCACCGACUUUGGGAGCAUGAUGGUGAGCCUGUUCUCCCUGUGGAUCUCCUCCAGACCGCCCACCAAAACCAUGACCUUUGGCUGGCACAGAUCAGAAAUCCUGGGAGCGUUCAUCUCCGUCAUGUCCAUCUGGAUCGUUACAGGAGCGCUCGUCUACUUAGCCAUCGAAAGGAUCGUACGCAACGACUAUGAGAUCGAGGGCCAUGUAAUGCUGGUCACUUCUGGAUUCGCCGUCAUUGUAAAUAUUGUUAUGGCCUACAUCCUUCACCACUCCACCACCCUCCACCCUCAUGGCAGAGGUUAUCAGCAGAUCGACGAGGACGGUCAGAGCCCCGUCAGUCACGGCCACUCCCACGCGCUCCUCGGUAGCCAUGGCAACACGAGCGUCCGUGCCGCGUUCAUCCACGUGCUUGGCGACCUGCUGCAGAGCAUCGGCGUCACGGUGGCAGCGACCGUCAUCUACUUUCGGCCGGAAUAUAAAGUUGCAGAUCCCAUCUGUACAUUCCUGUUCUCUAUCUUCGUCCUUUUCACCACCCUCACCAUCCUCAGGGACGUCUUCAGGAUACUCAUGGAAGGAUCGCCUAAAGGAAUCGAGUUCAACUCUGUGAAGGAAAUGCUGCUGACUGUGAAAGCUGUGAAGUCUGUUCACUCUUUACACCUGUGGGUCCUGACUCUGGGACAGUCGCUGGUUUCUGUUCAUCUGGCAAUAGAGGAAGUCGCCGACACUCAGUCGGUGCUUCAGGAGGCCACAGAGCUGCUCUCCAACAAGUUUGGUUUCCAGAACAUCACCGUCCAGGUGGAGCUUCACUCUGAAGAGAUGAGCCACUGCUCCCAGUGCCAGGACCCCAGGGACUGACAUCCAGACUCGAAUCAACUGGACCCAAACGGACUUGGAACGACUCAAAGACACGCUCACAACAUUUUCCACAGGUCGGGCUUCACUGCUGACAGUUGUGCCACAUUCAUCAUGCAGCUUCCUGGUGAAGGAGUUGAACCGGCUUUUUUGGCAGAUCAAUGUGUUGGACAGAAAGUUACAAGAAAUUAGACAGCAACUCAUCCAUGUGUUUGUAAAAGCAUGCAGAUCAUGGUGAUGGGGCUCCAUGCUAACGUUGAAGGGCAGUGCUAAAGCUUAUAGCUUCACAAAAGAUGUGAUGCAUUUGCUUUUCACUUCAUUAAAAAACAACUUCACAAACACACAGUGGUGGGCACAGCUAACUAAAAAUAUGCUAACCCUAAAGCAAAAGUGCUACCAAAACAUUGUUUAGCAGAAGCUAAUAAGAAAGCACUAAACUUAACUGCUGCGUAAACAGUCUUCACUCACUAACUAAACUAACCUAAAACUUCAACACGUGUCAAUUAUUCAACUGAAAGUUUACAAAAAAUUAGUGCUUUAGAAUUUAUUCCCAAAAAAUGUAUUUAGCAUAAACUAAGUGUGCUAAAUAUUUUCAGUUAGCAAAAAUGCUAAAGAGCUAAACAAAAAAAGUAUUACUAGUGCUUUAGUUAAUUAGCAUAAGUGUGCCCACCACUGCAAAACACUAAUAAUAAAGCAUAGAAAGCAUGCUUGCUCAAAAUAUCCCAUAAGAAAAAAGAAUUAGUAGAAAGAAAACAGUGAAUAAUUUUAACUAGCUGAGCUGUAUGCAUCGAUUGAAAGUAAAGAAUCUACAGCUUUUAUUGCAUACGUCUAUAAAAAACAACCUGUUAGUGUGAGAAACAGAAUGUAUUUUAUCAAAUAUAAAAAAAUGUAUGUAGUUCUUAUGAUUGUCACUUUUCCACUGCCAACUCUGCAGACACAAUGUUCUCGUCAAUGGAAAUCACUGCCUGAUGAUAUUUAUACACCAUAGAUUGUUGGAUUGAAGGUACCACUAAUUUCCAGACUUUGAUAUGUCAUUAGUACUUUUUUCCUUUGCUUUGAAUCAUUGUAAUAAGCUUUUAUUGUUCCAGAAAAAUAAAACCCAGGAGAUCUGCUUGUUCAUUAGUAAAACCUGCUCUCAAAUUUUGGAGAACACAGUGAAAAAUAUCUUUAUCUUUUAUGGUUUGUACUGAUAUUUUAUUAUCUACAUACGUAGUUCCAACAGAAGCCAUACGAAGUGCUGAUUCCAAAGGUUAUUUUUUAAAUAGAGAGCAAAGUAGAGUAAAGAAAUAAUUAGAAAUAGAAAAGUUAUUGGCAAAAUAAACUCGCUACCAGAAGAUGAACCUAAAACGUUAUUCAUCGCAUGGAGCUUCUGAUGACAGAUUUACUCACGGAUGAAUUUGAUGUUUGAACACCAAGAGUCAUCUACAAACAAUAAUGUCAUCAUGUCUGGUUUUGCCUGCUUUCUGCUGCAGAUUGGACAAAAUUUGCAAAGUCAAAAAUCAAUUUCAAAGCUCAUAAAUGUUUAUUUACAUUUGGCAUUGUAAUGGCAGUGACCAAAAAUGCAUCCAAAGUUUCUGUUAAUGAGGAAGAAAAGCUUAAAUCUGCUUAUUGCUUACAUGUGGUUGGUACCAUAUAAAUCAAGAUACCUUCCUGAGAUCAAUCACUGUGAAUACUAUCUAUUUGAGGAAACUUUGAAUAUAUGCACAGCUGUAACCAUAGAACCAGUCCUUGGUCCCCAGUUUUUGCUAAGAGCAUAGUUUUUUGGGUAAUCAUCACAGAAUGUGUGUAAAAAAAUUUAAUAUAAAGAUUUUUAUAUAAACUAUUCAUUAUUUAGAGAAGUAAUGACCCCUUCUCUAAAUCCCUCUCUAAGUUCCUAAAUGUCUUUUUUGCCUAAUAUUUU